UGAGCUCUAUCAAUUUUUACGGUGCGCUGCAAGUAACCGCCAGUUUUAAAAGAAAGCAUAGAAAAUAAAGACUUGUAUAUUUGGUUUGAGAGUUCUCUAACUCUCUCAAACAACGCAGAUGUAGAUAGCAAAGCGGUAUACUAAUGGUCCCCUGUAAGACUCUCAAUGUCCGCGGCGACGGGGCUAAGACUGUGCUGGUCGUGGGCAGGUUUAUGUCUGGCAAGUUCUGCCUCUGCAAUGCGCUGGCAGGCCUUCCCCAUUAUACAGGUGACUUCUUCUUCAGUAAUGAACAAAUCAAAGAACUCCCUUAUCACAUGAAAAUGGUGCAGGCUCACUUCAGCGGCAAUCCCACGAAACGCAUCAACAUUCUGGAUGUGAACGGACUGGAAUAUCCGAUUAAAGCAGACGACGCAGCGGAACUCUCAGAACUGCUCUACAAAGUGAAGGUGGGCUGUGACCAAGUGCAUCUCAUUCUGUUCGCUGUCAAUGGACGCAACCCAGUGCUGGGCCCAGAACGAAAGGACAUUCUGCGCCUGCUGCUGGCUCUUUUCGGAGCAGAAAUGUGGAAAAAGAUGGUUUUUGUGUUCACCAGGUUGUCGAUGAGUGCGGAAAACCGUGCCACCAGUGACCAGUCGUACAAUGAAGGAGUGAACAAUUUCAAAGAAGAGUUGGAAAAACACUGUUGCGCGGGUAGCUCGAAUGCCUCAUUUGUUAGUGUGCAUUCUUGUCGCGAUAGUUCUAGUCCCGAGGAGGAGCAGGCUUACCAAGAGGGCAUACAUACUAUUUGGACACUGUUGAACCAGGGUGGGGGGUCAUUAUGGACCACCAGAUUAGACAUGGAAAGGAGCAAAGGAGAAGAGAGUAGUCCGCAUCAGGAUCCACAUAGCCGACAGGAGGCGCGCACUUCCGCCAUUACACCAAGAUUUUUACAACAGAGACUUGAUAGUUUAUCUGCUCAACUGGUGAGAGCACUAGCUGGACAAGAGCAAAUGAACAAGGAACAAGUGAAGCGAAUCAUGGAUUCAGUGGACAAGGAGCUGCAGUCAGAGAUUGAAGCAUUCUACUGCAGCCCUGCAGACUGUCCUCCCAGUGGUUCCAAGUGCGAAGCCAGCAACCCAUCAUCUCCCAGACAAGUCUCCAAAUUUCUGGAGAAAGUUGAGGAAAGCAGCGUGUGUGUCAACUCUCUCAUGCUAAAAGAUGUCUUUGUCAGGAACAACAUGAUCGGUGUCGUCGUUAAUAAUGUGCGACACUUGCAGAAUUUUGCAAGUGAGACUAAAAAUCCCGAGCUACAGAGUUUACAAACAGAUCUGUUAAACAUUAAGGACAAUGACGUCAGCUUAGGAGUGUCUCUGAAAGUGUUCCUAAACGGGGAAGGAGACGCCAAGUCAAAGUUCGUCUCCCUAUUCCUCAAAAUAUGCUCGGGCGAGGAUCGCAGCUACACCAUCUCUUUUUUCAUGAAGCCAGCCACUGCUCAUGAACACGUGGAGAAGAGUGUAAAAGUCCAAGGUUGCAAAAGCCAAUCAACUGAGGUGGGCGUGCGACAGUUCAUCAAAAAGCACGAACUGUUCGAUUACCUGGAAAACAACUCGAUUAUGUUCGGAGUCAAGGUCAAAGCCUGUCCACAGGUGGGAGUUCUAUGAACAAACACCCACAGAUUAAUCAUUUCAUCACAGCGGAACGGUCAUACCAAACUGACUACGAGAAAUUGGGGCAGGGUCGCAUAGCAUGUCAGUCAUUUAGCAUACUCCAAAUUUUUUUUUAAUCAA